ACUACACCCUUUCACAUGGUAGCAUGCUAAAGUUGUGACUUCUCCUCGCCAAGGUAGUAAAAUUUUUACAUACAGAAGCUCAAACUAAUGCCACGUUGCUUGCGUGAGUUACUUUAAACUUUACGUGCGUACGUUUUUAGCCGCUGUCAUAAAGUCAACUGGGGCAAAAAGCAUUUUAGCGUCGAGGCUAAUCAGUUAGCCACAUAGCUGAGGCAGUUUGUUUUGACAUCUUCUGAAGCAUGGUCGUCUUUGGUGCGGAAUGGAGCAUUGGUGGGCAGUCAAACAUGUCGGCACUUCUUUGUAACAAUUCAACAAAUAUCAAGCCAAGUUUUUUGCAUAGUGCAUUUAAGCAACAAGGCAGUUCAAAGUGCUCCACUUGAUAAAACAUAACACCAAGACUAACCAAAAAAGAAACUUAACAAUACAGUGAAAAAAUAAACACACUUAUAAUAAGUUAUAGGGAUAAUAAUAAAAUAAAUUCAGUUCCAUUAAAAAAUGCUCGUAUCCGAGUGCCUCUGGUGGGAUAUCUGGUAGCAGUCAGCUUUGCAACGAAUCUGAAGAGGCCUCUGAUUGAAGACUAUCAGUGUCUAUGCAGCAGAGACAGUAUUCCACAGUAGCACGUCCUGGACGGCAGCAACAGUUGUUGACAAGCACUUCUAAUCCAUUUACUUUUGCUGCUUCUCCUUAAAUCUGUCUGGCAGUAUGGAUAGAAAGCCUGGCAGAGAGAUGUUGGGUUUGGGGAUUUGAUCCUUAUCUGUUAUGAUUCUUGCUCUUCUGAACGAAUUAUCAACGGGAAGGCUGGUCAGUUCUAUAGUCAGGUUAAUUAAUCCAUUAAGAUAUAACAUAAUGGUAUGAUGUUCCAUUUAAUUAAGUAACAACCUAAAAAUGGCAAAUAAAUAGCUUCUGUUUGCUCUUUAUAGUGAAAAAACCUCUACAGUGUUUUCCAAUGAUUUAAGUUGCAUUUUAUUUCAUCAGAAUGCAUCCCUAUACAUUUUCCUGUGUGUGAAAAUAUACUUACACAAAUUAUUACUACAAACAGGAAUAUAUAAUGAGCAUUCAAAUUUUUGGAACUGUGUUACAGAAGCUACAUGAGAGCGAAGUUCCCAUUUUUAGUUAUUUUGCAUGUUGAAGUAUUGAAACAAUAAUUACAAAAGAAAAGGAAAUAUAAUUUAAUAAAUCACCCAAGUUAGGUUUUACUCUCACAUUUGAUUUGAAAAGCAGAAAUCAGAGCCGAACUGUCUUGAAACUAAUAUUUAUUUUGUCUGCACUGAGCUUUCAAUUUUAAUGACAUCAUACGCCUAUUUUAUUACUGCCUGAUGUAUUUAAAAUGUUUAUAAAUCAUGUAGUUAGCAGUCUUACUACUUAGUCUAAAUGUAGCAAGCGAUGUUAAAACAAAUGACUACGAUUUCGCGUUUUUACCUUCCCGAAUGUGGUCAGUAUGGGCAGCCUGUGGUCUGAGGGCCACUCGUCCUCCAUCCUCUGCGUCAGUGCGUCUCCGGGCCCAGAGGGCCUGAUCGCUUCUGGUGCCGAGGGCGGAGAGGUGACGGUGUGGACUCAAGAGGGCGUCGUGGUCGGGCGUCUGGCUCUCCCCGGACAGGAGGACGUUACCAGCGCAGCGUUCUCACCCGCAGCCUCCGCCCACCUGUACGUGUCGCACGGAGACGGGGUGAGCGUGUUCGACCCCCGGAACCUGAAGGGCCCGGCGGAGGAUUUCCGCGGUGCCGGGGAGGAGGAGAUUAAUGCUGUAGCUCUGAAUGAGACUGGCUCAAACGUGGCCGUGGCCGACGACUCUGGGGCGGUGAGGAUACUCGAGAUUCCAGGUGGGAAAGUGUGCCGGAGUCUCCGCAGACACACAAACAUCUGCUCCUCUGUGGCUUUCCGACCUCACAGACCCAAUAACCUCGUCUCUGUGGGACUGGACAUGCAGGUGAUUCUGUGGGGUCUGCAGAAGACCCGCCCACUGUGGACUCUCAACCUGCAGGACGCGGCAGAAGAAGCGGGUGACCAGCACCAGCAGCGGCCGGGCCAGCUCUUCAACCCCCCUCUGGCUCACUGCGUUUCAGUGUCGGGCUGCGGCAACGUUUUGGGCUGCGCCGCCGAGGACGGCCGGGUCCACUUGAUGCGGAUCGGCGGCGGCUCCAAACUGGAGCAGCGGGGAGCCGUCAAGGCUCACACUCAGGGAGCCUCCCAGGCCCAUUUCAUCAGCUUCCUCUCCCACCCUCACUGGAUGGUCACCGGGGGAAACGACGGCCUCGUGGCCCUCUGGGACCUCGGCAAGCACCCGGUGGUGAAUCCAGAGGGAAAAACACAGACGACGGCUCCUCAUCGCCGCAAAGGUAAGAGCAGCAGGAGAAGAGAGCAGGCUCAGGAGAAGUCGAAGCAGAAGGCAGACGAGGAGGAGGACGACGCAGCUGCGAAGGACCAGGAGUCGCCGACGGAGGAGGAGACGACGUCUGGACCCAAACUGAGCAUCAGUCACGGGGACAAGGUGAACUGGCUGUGCCCCGCUGUGCUGAAAGGAGAACCAAGCGUGAUAGUUGCAGAUCAGAGCACCAAUCUGACCGUCUACCCUCUGUCUCAGCUUUAGCUUCAAGCACGCUACUUUUUCUUCUGUUGGAAAAAAGAAAUUAACAUUUUAUUUGGUGAAUAGUUGGGUUUUUUUCUCUCCGAAUUUUAUUUGACUUUUGGGUCACUCUUCAUUUGUUUGUUUCUGUGUCUUUAAAACUAGAUGCAAACAUUUAUAUACGGCUUCAAUAUGCGUUAUGCUUUUUUGCCUGUGUGUGGGCUCCUUUGAAAUAAACUCCUUGAAAUAAA